AUGGAGUCUUUAUCAGUUCAAUAUAAGAAUCUUUGUGGUUCAAUUGAUACGGCAAGAAGCACGAAAGGGAAUGAAUGUACCGUGGCAAUGUUCCCGGCUAGAAACCUUGUAAUUUCUUUUACUAUACGUAUAAAUCAUCAUAACUUAUAUCCUAAGUAUCAAAAAUUGACUGAAAUAUUUGAAAAAUGUAUUCUAGAGAGUGGUCUUUGGGAAUUACUUGGAUAUCAAAUAGAUAGUUUCAAUUUAGAGAAUUCCAUUGAGUUCCAAAUAUGUUGCAAAAAAACAGGAAGAAUAAUAGAGGAUUUGGGUGAUUCCGAAGAAAUUGGUUUCUUAAAUCGAUUAGAUUUGACCUUCAGCUUUAUAAGUGAACUGCCGUUUCAGAUAAUGGAUCUUUUAACUGUUUUCAAUUAUCUUACCGGUUCCUUAAUAUUAAACCUCGAAAGAAUUUAUCCCUUAGUGUUCUCUUAUUAUGGCAGAUUAUUCUUUUGUUUGAACUUUGAAUAUUUCAAGCAAAAUCUUUCAUUGAUUCAACAAUUACCUAUCACCGAACCUGACAUCCCCAGUGAUAUCUAUCUUCAUAAUCUGAUCCAACUAAUUAAAAUAGCCAUGGAAAGUUUCAAUUCCAUCAAUAUAAUGAAAAGUAAUAAACUCAAGACAUACCGUUUGAAAGAUACCCCUAAAGAAACUUUUGAGAAUCUAGACCAACUCCUUCAUUGUCUUACCUUCAUUGAUCCUGAAUUAUUCAAAUCAUUAAUCGUACAAACCUUCGAAAUAGUGUCUUUAUCAGAUCACAAUGAGGUUUCCUAA